AUGCGGGACUCCUCCCCUCCCAGCUUCUCGGGGGAGACGUCAGAUCCCCAAAGUGUCGAUACGAAGAGCAAAUGGGCACCCAAAUCACUUAUGCGACAUGCCGAACGCUCGCAUAGUCGGAUACCGGGUGUUCGGAAAAUCCCUUUUCGUGCUCUAGCUAUCAUAUUGUUCAUUGCCUUGAUCAAUAUUAUCGUAUGGAUUGCAGCUGCUAUUGUUCUGGUAAGAUAUCCCCCGAUAUCUCUAGUCUCUAAUGCCGUCCUUGCGUAUACUCUCGGGUUGAGACAUGCUUUCGACGCCGAUCAUAUCUCUGCUAUCGAUCUGAUGACCCGAAGGUUGCUGGCAACGGGUCAGAAACCUGUCACUGUGGGAACCUUCUUCUCGCUUGGUCACUCAACCAUUGUUAUCAUCACUUCUAUCGUUGUGGCCGCCACUGCGGCCGCCGUGUCAUCACGCUUUGACAGCUUCAGUACUGUCGGCGGAAUUAUUGGUACAUCCGUCAGUGCUGCUUUCCUGAUCUUGCUAGGACUUAUGAACUUCUACAUCCUGUACAAGCUGUACAAGCAGAUGCAGAAAGUAUUAGAUCUCCCGGAGGGCCAAGAAGAUGAGGCCUGGAAGAUUGAGGGAGGUGGUAUCCUGUUCUCGGUGCUCAAGAAGAUGUUCAAAUUGAUCGACCGUCCUUGGAAGAUGUAUCCGCUUGGUAUCCUGUUCGGUCUUGGUUUCGAUACAUCUUCGGAGAUAGCUCUCCUUGGCAUUUCAUCUGUUGAGGCCGCACGAGGCACGGAUUUCUGGGUCAUCCUCAUCUUCCCAAUCCUCUUUACAGCUGGAAUGUGCCUCCUCGACACCACUGAUGGAGCUCUCAUGCUUUCACUGUAUAUCCAGCCCGCUGCUAACUUCCUCCCACCGAAGGAUGACAGUUCUGCUGCCGAGACGCCGCUGAUCGGCGAGGACCAUGAGAUUCAACCAUCCCAGAACCACCGCGACCCUAUUGCGUUCCUGUACUACUCAAUCGUGCUGACCUGCUUGACUGUCGUCGUUGCCAUCGUGAUCGGUGUCAUCCAACUCCUCACCCUAGUCCUCAACGUCGCUGAACCGACCGGUAAAUUCUGGGAUGGCGUGCAGACAGCAGGAGACUACUACGAUGCCAUUGGUGGUGGCAUCUGUGGGUGUUUUAUUAUCAUCGGCGGUAUUAGUGUUCUUGUGUACAAGCCCUGGAGAAGGUGGGUUGCAAGAAGACACGGAAAGACCCUCGUGACGGACGAGGAGGGAUAUCGCGACAAUGCCGCCGCAAGUCAAGAGGCCCCUAUCCUAAGUGAAGAACAGGGCGGUGCGCCUGGUGCCAGCUACGGUGCUAUCAGCAAGAAAGGUGCAUCUCAGGUGGCGGUGAAGCCGGUGGAUGGGCCUAGUCGCUUUUCAUCUUAUGCCCCUAUAUUCGUGCUACCUACUCACCUUAGUCUGGAAGCACUGCAUCAUAUCGAAGAGUCUCUUGUCAGUCGAGAUGCACGUCUGACAUACGAUGCUUCUGAGGCGAGAUUGAUCCUAGGCAAAGUUGGGCAGAAGAAACGAGCUGCUCUGGAGCUCAGAUCUCGCGGGGUAUGGACGGAGGAUCUUGAUCUUGCGACUACGGAAGUGUCCGACAAGCGGAGCCGUGUACAUGAGUCCAAUACGCGAUCCAAGGAUGCUGUCGCAGAAGUCGAAGUGGUCGAUCUUAGUACGGAGUCCGAGAGUGAAGAAGAUGGCGUGCAAAGCAAGCAUGAUACUGGCAGACACUUAAAGAGACCCAGGCCUAGAUCCAUAUCAUCAGAUCGAUCAUUGGUUGCUUUUACUCAGGCAAACACUUCGAUCUCCGAUGAGCAAACAGAUAUCCUCCGAGUUGUCCGUUUGGAAUGGCUGGACAAAUGCAUCGAGACAAAAGAGCUGGUACCCAUUGAACCCUUCAUGGUAUAUCAAGCUCGCAAGGUCGAACGGCCUGCUACCCAACCCAGCAGCACAUACACAAAAGGCUCACAAGCAAGCGAUAUACUACAAAGAGCAAGGCAAGACGCCGUAUUCAAACCACCACCAGCACUCCCCAACAGAUUCGCUCGCCGACACGAAGCACCAUCCAGCCAGCAUCACCCACCCAAGCUAUACCGACAAUCCACGUCCGAAAACGAGGAAACUGCCCCCUUACCACCGUCCCCGGAUUGGGUCAAGAACAACACCUUAUACGCCUGCAUGCGCUCCGCACCCCUCCACCCACCCAACGAAAGAUUCAUCAACCAGCUCAUCAAAAUCCGGCAGACGCGAGAACUCACCCUAGACGAAAUAGGCGUGCGAGCCUACAGCACCUCCAUCGCCUCAAUAGCCGCCUACCCCUACGAAUUCCGCCGUCCAUCCGAGGUCCUCACCCUCCCAGGCUGCGACACCAAAAUCGCCAACCUCUUCGCCGAAUACCAACAAAGUGAAGACGGCACCCUCGAAGCCGCCACAGCCCUAGACACAGAUCCGGUCCUCCACACCCUACACCAAUUCUACAGUAUCUGGGGCGUGGGCGCCAAAACAGCCCGCGACUUCUACUACCACCGCCAAUGGCGAGAUCUAGACGACAUAGUCGAACAUGGCUGGAACACCCUCUCCCGCGUACAGCAAAUCGGGGUAAAAUACUACGACGAAUUCCUAGCGGGAAUCUCCCGUCCCGAGGUCGAGUCGAUCGCCAGGAUCAUCCACCGACACGCCAACCUCGUCCGUCCUGAUGCGCGCUACGACGGCCGCGGCGUCGAAUGUAUCGUAGUAGGAGGGUACCGUCGCGGGAAGGAAGCAAGCGGCGACGUGGACCUCAUCCUUUCUCAUCGCGACGAAUCCGUGACCCGUAACCUGGUCGUCGAUGUCGUCGCUAGUCUCGAAUCGGAAGGUUGGAUCACGCAUACCCUCGCCCUGCACUUGACGACGUCCAAUCGUGACCAGCAGACCCUCCCCUACAGGGGAGACGAUACAGGUAAACACUUCGAUAGUCUGGAUAAGGCCCUCGUUGUCUGGCAGGAUCCGCAUUUCGAGGACGGCACUCUAUUGCCAGAGGCAGAUGAUGAAGAACAGGUCCGUUUGAAACGGAAACGGAAUACUAAUCCCCACCGCCGCGUGGAUAUUAUCAUUUCCCCUUGGCGCACGGUUGGGUGUGCUGUUCUCGGGUGGUCGGGGGAUACCACGUUUGAGCGGGAUCUGCGACGGUAUGCGAAGAAGCGGGGGUGGAAGUUUGAUUCUAGUGGGGUGAGGGAGCGGACGUCCGGCGGACAGGUGAUUGAUCUUGAACGGGAGGGGAGGACGUGGGAGGAGAGGGAGAGGCUUGUAAUGGAGGGGUUGGGAGUUGGUUGGAGACCUCCUGGGGAGAGAUGUACACGGUGA